GCCCCCUAACGGCCAAACAACACCCCCCGGACUGCAGUGGAGAGACAUGAUGGUGCUGUACGUGAAUCGAGUCAAUGACGAGUCGGGUAUGGUGACGGGGAUGAGAGAAGCGGGUAUCCCAGUGCGGGUGAUGAAGGAUGAUGACAUGGAGGACGUGGUCAGGGUCCGCAGGGAUGUGGUGUGGGUGGCGGAUGGAGAUCUUAUUCGUGGUCUGGAGAGAAAGGUGGUUGUUUGUCUGCAGUCUCAUGGUUAUUACAACUCGCGAUUCCACCUCAUGUCCCGCUGCACGGCACAACUUGUGAUUGUCUCUCCUGACUAAUUUCUGAAUUAUAUCCCCACACUUCUCAUCUGUUUCAUUUUCAUAUCUCUGUUUACAUCUUUAUUUUUUGUUCAUUUUUUUCAGUCUUUUAUCAUCAUAUUAACAUAAUUGGUGUAAGAAACUAUUGUAACUUAAUUGAUGAUUUUUUAACAAGCAUACAUUGUUUGAAAAACUUGUACUUAUGUUGAUAUACUUAAUUUUUUAUACUCAUGUGCAGAGACUAUUGCAUUUCUAUUUCAUGUUGAUUGAUAUUACAAUCAUGCAUGUCUUGGUCAAGGAGCUGUCAUAUUUGUAUUGCUGAUGGCAUUAUUCCUCCUUCGUUUCCUGUCAACAUCAGAAACAUCCCCAAAUGCAGCAAAUAUCUGUGCCGCAAUGAUUAGUCAUUAGUGAUUGACUAGUUUCAAAGAAAGACCAUCUACUUAAUUAAUGACUAGUCGCUCUGACAUGUAACAUCAUGAAGGUCUUAGAGUGAUUGGUCGUCUACUACGUGGUUAACCAAACAAGACAAGGAGCAAGCGAUGAAAACACCAAAAACAGAGUUUAUGAACACUUGUCUUUCAUAAUAAUCUGUGAAAGCUCAACAGUUUUUCAGCUAGUCGAGCAAUCUUACCAGUCGUUUAUUGAGAGUCUUUUAUCUUUUUCAUGGGUAUGCUGGUGUCUUCAUUUUUUCUGUCCAUGAUAGAUAGAUAGUGCAGCCGCUCUACCUCAGAUGAAUUGCCGGUGGUGGUGGUUGUUUGUUGUUUUAUGUAAAUCUCACUUGCCCAUAACUUCUUUUAUUUUCAUUUGAUCCUAUUUUUAACUGUUGAUAUUUUUUUAAUGCUGCACCUUACAACGAACUUUGUAUCUAAUUUUAGUUCCUUUACUUUUGUGACUAAUACACCUUGCCAUGUCAUUGUCUUUGUUACACUGUAAACACCGUUAGUGGGAGUUGUGAGUUGAAUGGAGUCGGUCUGACAUGCGUGAGGAACCCGAAGAUACUAAAUAUGUUCUCUACAAACAACUCACACUACAUCGCAGCUAAAAAUCCACCGAGGGAAGACGGAUAUUGAAGCCAGGACCCACAAUACACAAACAGGUGUAAAAGAGAUGUGCAGCUAUAGGUCAGCCUCACGAGUGUGUCUCGAAACAACAUAAGACUGCAGGUGAUGGAUGAAAGUGGCACACGCGAAAAAGGAGGUCACAGAGGAGGUGGUGGAAGGGUCAAAGUUUACCUACAGGCGGUGACUGAUGACCAGGCUGAUCUUCUUACAGAUGCAGAAAUAUCGCGCGAACUUCAAGAACUGAUAACGAGGUCAGGCGCUGACAUAGCGUUUGAUGCUAACCCCUCACCUGUACCAGGUAUGAAGAUUAUCAUUAUCCGCGGUGUUCCAUCUCAGAUCGAGGCCGCAGUCAAGAUCAUCUGUCUGAUCACUGCGGAUGAGAAAACAUCAUUGUCAUCACAAGCCCAGGCAUUCUGGAUACAAUGGGUUGAGGCCGCCUUCCCUGACCUCCACUCUCGCGCCUACUUCCUGCCUCCUGUCUACUUCAACCGCGUGCCGAUGACUAGACAGGCGGUUGCUGGUCAGAACCGUUUGGUUCUUCAAUCAGUACAUAAACAGUUUCGAACCCACACAACCCUAGAUAAACAAUUUAGAACACUACUGACAUCGUCCAAUACAUAUAAAAUGUCAAACCAAGAAAGCUCAAACUUAAACGAACCAACGUCAGUUCUCCCUGUUGUUGAUUCGACUCCCAUUCCGCAGCCAUCUUCUGUUCAGGAAUGUGAUCUCAGAGAUGAUGUAGCCAUGCAACGAGUUCUUUUCUGUCUUCAGAAGCUGUCAGAAAAGACAGGAGAAAUUUUGGUAGGAAUCAGCCAGUUUUAUUUCGGACAAUACCUGGGUAACCCAUGCUACGCCCCGGCGGCUGCACAGUUACCCUCACCCGUCAACCUUCCAUCAAGUUUUACACGGAACUGGAGACAGGGGGACUUUGAUAUCCUUAUUAUUCACCGACAUUACGGCUUUGUAGUCUGUGAGGUGAAGGCCGUAGGUGACAACUUGAAUGAACUCGAUGUACCAAAGGAGAGUAUAGACAACAACAUCAGGAAGAAACUAAAAGACGCCAUGAGACAGCUGGACAAGGCGGAGGCCAUGUUGUCUCACCUGGUGUCCGAUAUCGCUGCCGGUCUGCGCAUCACUAAGACGAUCGCCGUCCCUAAUCUUACGACUCAUCAGGUACAACAGGCUGUCUCUGAAGACUUACAGCUCACACAGGACCUUUGUAAGUGUCUGGGCACAACAGAUGCGACCAACAUCAGUGAUCUCUGUCUCUGUUCCGACCAGCUGUCUGAACCUAGCACACCAUGGGACGUUAACACGAUGGUGUUAGAGAAACUUGAGGACUGGUGGAAUCACAAUGUGUCUGUCUAUGAGCAUGAUAGUCACAUGACCAGCGACUUGUACAAAAUAUUAGUAGCUAGAUUCUGUGGUCCGGCGACAUCAGUGACUGUCCCAUGCACGUCUGCCCCACGUCUGAGUGUCAAGACCCUGGGUCAGGCAGUGUCAGCGACAGGAGAAUGUUACACUGCUGUAAUAACUUUAUUCCCGGAGCAAGUUGACCUGCUUAACAGGGCGACUCCCAGACUCUUUGUCACCGGACCUCCAGGCACAGGUAAGACUUGGUGCUGCUGCUGAUGGCUAUAGAAUGGUUACGAUAUGGCCACGACGUCUACAUUGUGAUUUCCUGUCCUGAGAGUCGUGCAGCGUGUAGGAUGCUGUACUACCUGCUGCGGCAGACACUGAAUACGCUCAUCACUCAGACGGCAGAAAGAAUUAAACCUGGUCAGCUUUACCUCCGGCAGUUUCGUGAGAACCUGGAUGAGCAUGUGGAGAGGAUCGUGAACGACUUGUCGCAGGUGGCUGAGGAAGGAUCGUUGUACGUCAUCGCUGAUGAAGUGGGAGCCAAGUUCAAGACUUUCUGUGACAAGCUGCUGAGACAAGUUCCUCUUCUCCAUCUUUGGGCGGCAAGUUGUUUCCAUGGAUACGCACCCGCCGACUGGGAAGUGGAAUAUUUAACCAGACCCCUCCGCUCUCCACCGCGCCGUCAUCAGGAAAGUGGAGAAGGACGAAAUUAUCACUGAGGGCCAUGUCCGAGAGUACAGUCUACGAGGUGUGCCCGACCACACAGACGGCCCGCCAGUCAAAUAUUUGUAUCACAGAGGUCAGGGUCACUCCAGUAAACGGCAAGUUGACUGUGUCACGUGCGGUCAUGAAGUGGCCAACUUUCUGCACAGUCUCCGAGUUGGUGUUACGGAUGUAGUCGCGACGACAUCUACGACCGCAAACUCCACCAGUAGAGGCACAGCACCACCCUGCCUGCAGUGGAGAGAUGUGUUGGUGUUGUACCGCGGUGACAUUAAGUACAAGCCGCUUAUGAUAAUAGUUUUGGAAGACAGAGGUGUCCCAGUGCGGAUGAUGACGGCUGAAGACAUUGAUGACGUGGCCACAGCCAGUAGUGACGUGGUGUGGAUGGCAGAUGGAGACCGCGUUCGUGGUUUGGAGAGAAAAGUCGUCGUUUGUCUGGAGUCUGGUCAUGUGUUUUUCUCUCUUAACCUCAUAUCCCGGUGUACAUCACAGCUUGUUAUCGUCUCUACCUAACCCAUAACCACCUAAACAUCAAUUUAACUUCUACAGCUGUCACCUUGUGUCUGUCUCUCUGCAAUCAUCUCCAUGUUUGCCACUUGUUUGUGAAUGUGUGCGUGCCUCAACAAUGACAACCAGAAAUUUAAUAUCUGGCAAAUAAUAAAAAGAUAUCAUUCCAAUGCUAUUAGUGUUUUAUCUGCCAAUAAACUUAAU